AUGAUCAGCCCAUCGUUAGCACCACUUUUUGCCCUGUUGAUUGUGGCCGGUCACUUGGAUCGUGGACUCGCCGCCAUCGGGGACCAGUUCGCGUUCGAGCGGGUUUUUCCCGAGCCACGAACCUGCAUCCAGGAUGGGUGCCUUCAGGGGAGGUACGACAGCGACUUGGAAGGGCGUCCGUACGAGGCCUAUCUGGGGGUUCCUUUCGCAAAGCCACCCGUUGGACGGUUGCGGUUUAGGAAUCCGGUUCAAAACGAUCCCUGGGAGGGGGAUUACGACGCCACGUGGGAACGCAGUCGGUGCCUACAGAAGAACGACUUCAAGCCUCAACAGACGGUCCAGGGCGGUGAGGAUUGCCUGUACUUGAACGUGUACCGUCCGCGGAAUGUCACCGGCCCACUUCCGGUGAUCUUCUUCAUCCACGGUGGAGCUUUUAUCUCUGGGUCUAGCUCGAUGGCGGAGUUUGGACCAGAGCGGUUCAUGGAAACCAGGAAGGUCAUCCUGGUGACUACACAAUAUCGUUUAGCUGUGUUUGGAUUCUUAUCUACAGAGGAUCAGGCUUCUCCGGGAAAUUACGGUUUGAAGGAUCAACUGUUUGCGUUGAGAUGGACUCAACGGAAUAUUGCGUACUUUGGAGGUGAUCCAAAGCUGGUAACGAUAACCGGUCAAAGCGCUGGAAGUAGUUCCGUGCAGCACCACAUGAUGUCCCCGCAAACUAGGGGACUAUUUGCCAGGGCUGUUAGCAUGAGUGGAAGUGCGCUUGGCUUUUGGCACUACGUCGUUGACAAGUUGGCACUGACGCGUCGGCAGGCUGAGGUCGUUGGAAUAGCGAAUGCAGCGGAACUGACUACGGAGCAGCUGGUUGAAAGGUUGAGGGAGGUUGAUGGACUGGAGUUGGCUAGGAGCAUUGACAAGCUGAAGGUUUUCUACGUGCAUCCGGUCACGCUGUGGCAACCGACGGUGGAGCGUUACGUGGACGAGGAUACGUACAUGAGUGAAGAUCCGAGAGUGUUGUGGGAGUCUGGGAAUUACUACCCAGUGCCUUACACGGUUGGUCUGUUGGACAAUGAAGGAUCGCUGUACUCGUCAAUCAUACUGAGCAAUAGAAGCCUGCUGAACGAGAUGAACGAUCAUUCCGUGGAGUACAUUCCGCUGAUCGUAGGAGCGUAUCACCCUACGAGUGUUCAAAUGCUGAAGGAUCGAUUCUUCCCGGAUGGAAGUGACGAAAGGUGGCUUACUGAGGAGAAUCUGCCCAACUUUCAAAAGAUGGUAACCGAGGGAGUCUUCUACCACAGCAUCCUAAAGACCAUCAAGCAGAGCGUUGCGCUGAAAUCCAGAACCUCACCGCUGAGUGUGUUUUACUUCAACUUUACCGGCCCGUACUCGCAGUCGUACCUCGACACGUACACUUACGGAGAUUUCGGGAUUGUUCACGCCGAUGAGUUGCUGUACCAGUUCCGAGGUUCCGGAGUAGUGUCAGACUACCGGGUGGGAUCACCGGCGUGGCACAUGGCGAAGAUUCUCGUGGAUUAUUACGUUGACGUUGCUUACAACGGGAUUGCGGGACCUCUUUGCACAGCGGAAAGCUGUCAGCUGCUGGAGUUUACGAACUCCGAUAAUCCGAACAAACCUGUAGCUCUGGAUUUGAUUGAUGGAUUCGAUGAAGAAAUGUUUACAUUUUGGGAUAAGCUGUACGCGUUGCAAAACUAUUGA